AGCCGGAAAUAUCGGAAUCGGAAUGUAGAUUUUUAUGAAGCAAAAGACCAUCUGAAGACUCAUUUAAGGCCCUCGAUCCUCGAUAUUUAUAAAUGUUCUGGUAUUUGUGAUUAUCAUCCAAACAUGAAUACUCAGAGAGUCCUCUAUUGCAUGACUUGUCUAAGCCAGGGCAGACAAAUGUUUACAUUGCCGCUACAACACAUCAAAUUCGUUACUAUGUUUUAUAAAGAAUUGAAGCUGAAGAGAAGUGAGGAGAUAUGCUGGGAGUGCAGAAAUUUUAUUAUAAAAAUGGCUCAAUUCAGAGAAAGAGCUAUAAAAGCACGAAGUAUUCUUGUAGCUGAUUUUGAUAACCAAACUUUAUCUUUUCAGUCAACCACAUUCCAAACCUUAUCCAACCUUAAAAUAUCCAAGGGUACUGAAUUAACUAUCCCACAAAGAUCAACUACAAAAUACUUAGAUCCCCCCGUGAUUGUUGAAACAGAACCUGAAUUCGAUUAUGGUUCUAGCUAUAUGGAACUUAAUCCGAUGAAAAGAAAAUAUGAUGACGGAGCUACAUUUGAAGUGUUUCAACAUAAAGUAAGCGAAACGUUUGAAACUGCGGUUGAGCUGGAACCGCUAGAGAGGGUAUAUCCGGGAGUUUGGAACGCUAGUGUGGUCCAGGGUCCUGCUCAAAGACAGACAGAGGGAAAAACAAAGACAAACGAGACUAGAGUUUGGAGCGGGGAUAGUGCGGGUGCAACACAAACGCCUCUGUUAUAUCUUAGAUUAACUUCAAAUCAGCCAUCAAUAAGCGCAGUACCCCUACAAAAACCACCAACGAUAGCUCCUCUGUUACCGAUAAAGUUAAAAAACCCUACGCCUGAGAUUCUAUUACCGAAAACUUCAACAAACCCUACGCCUGAGAUAAAUGUAGAAAAGUACUCAAUAGAUAAGACUUUGUUACCAGUACCUAUACCAUCAGGGCCUUAUUUCACCGAAGAGAGAUUGACAGAAGAGGAGUUAAAGAAAUGGUGGGAGAGUAAAAGAGAGGAUAAGCACUAUGCAGACAGUAUGGAAAUGUUUAAAUGCGAGAAGUGUGUAGAGCCCUUUACAUUGUCGUGGACGUAUAAGGCGCACGAGAAAAUGCAUACUGAGUUGUAUGGCAAGCUUUCCUGCGAUAUUUGCGAGUUGAGGUUCCAUACUGACAAAGAUCUGGCCGCUCAUAAGGAGUCACAUUACAGGCUAUUAAAGUGUACCCGCUGCGACCACACGUGGGAUUCUCUCAACUCCAUGCGUCUUCACUGCGAGAUCGAACAUCGGAUCCCCGUUACUGUGUGGACUUGCGAAGUAUGCUACAGAGAACUUAGUAAAUACAAUAAAUAUUUGAGUCACCUGCGCGUCCACGAGCGUGAGGACUGUCCCGUGUGCGGGAAAGGGAUCUUCCUCAAGGCAAUGAAGGCGCACAUGAAGGGGCAUAAGGACGUCGAGAGACCAUUCAAGUGCCCGAAGUGCGAGAAAACUUUUAGACUCAAAAAACACUUCGAAUUACACGUCACCCGAGUUCAUCCCUCCGCAGAUAAAAUGAUUUAUUGCGUGCAGUGUGACAAGCUUUUCAAACACAUUCACACCUACAACCAUCACAUGAAAACUACGAGAGUACAUAUUUCCAAGGAACAGAUCAAGCAUAAGUGUUCAGAGUGCAAUAAAAUGUUCUCGAACGUGAAAUUUCUGGAGGCACACGUCGAGAGAGUCCACAACGACAGACCCCAGUACGAGUGCCCAGUGUGCCACGAGAUGUUCAAGACUUCGCAGCAGCGAGGGCGCCACCGGCGGCUGGUACACGAAAACUUCGUCAAGCCCAAAGACAAGAUCUGCGACCACUGCGGGAUGGCCUUCACGCACAAAGCAAUCCUGUCAUCACACAUCAACACACACACAGGCGCGCGGCCGUUUGUGUGCAAGCUGUGCGGCGCGGACUUCGGGCACAAGAGCGCCCUCUACCUCCACGGCCGGUACAAACAUAAGAUACCGAGGAAAAAUAGUACCACUAGUGUACCGAAGAAAAAUAAUAGUGCCGGUAGUAAAUCGAAGAAAAAUAAUAGUACCAAUAGUAAACCGAAGAAAAAUAGACGCAGUAAAAAGAAAGCUGAAGAGACGGAAGUUGAUGGUGCAAGUAAAUUGGACCAGGAUAACUCUGCAGUGAUCGAUAAAAACUAGUGUUAGUAUGGUGUCAUAGCUUGAACUUGUCUUUAUUUCUAUGAGAUUUGACUUAGGCCGAUAGUCCCACUAUCAUAUGUUUAUCAUAGAAAUAUGACCAUAGGUCUGUAUGCCUCUCUUUUUCUCCAACGUGAAGAAAAAUUAAAUAAAAUUGUUAAUGAAUAUUUCCUUGUAGAACAGGCAAUGAACCGCGAAGCGACAAUUUGUCACUGUGGUGAAACAGGCUACAGGAACAAAACAAAAGUUUGACACAAUUCUUGGAAAGCUACAUGUUAUUCAUAAAAGUUACUUAAGUUAAUAAGCCGCUAAUAAUCGUAAACGUUACUGAAUAAGGGAUCUCACGGAAACUGUGACGUGAUAAUCGGACUGCAAUAUAUAUGAGAACUGCACGGUGACUGCAACAUUUUUAUACAAUUUGCAGUCCGUCUUUAUGGUGUCUUACAAUUUUAUUAUCGGUAUCGCUAAUUUCAAAUGUUUUAUGUUCAAAAUUGUCGACGUAAAAAUAUCUUUUUAAUAAUCUAUUUUAUAGAAAAAAUGGAAAUAAUAUUAAAAAUAUUA